CCAUUUCAGUUCAAUUCUAACAUCGAAACGAUGAAGUGUUCUAACACGUUUUUAUUAAUUGUUGCUUAUCUCUUUAUAAAUUUAAUACAACAAAAUGAAAGUGCUAAAAUUCUAGCUAUAUUUCCAUUUCCCGGCCCAUCACAAUAUAUUUUGGUGAAGCCUUUCUUGAAAACAUUAGCUGCUCGCGGCCAUGAGUUGACGGUGUUGAAUGCUUUUCCGUCGAAGGAAAAUGUGAAAAAUUAUCGUGAUAUACCCAUAAUGGAGGCGCAUGAAAUACAGAAAUAUUAUAUGCAAGGAGCUGUUAUCGAACGAAAUAUAUGGUCUGAGCUAACAUUUACAUCGGAAUUUUUCUACAAUGUCACCAGAUCGGUUUUAAGAUGUCCACAGGUUCAAGAACUUCUCCAAACCGAAUCAUUUGAUUUGGCUAUUAUUGAAAUAAUUAACUCCGAGGCAUGGUACAGUUUUGGACCUCACUUCGGUGUACCAAUUAUUGGUGUCUCCAGUUUUGGAAGUGAUUUAAUUAUCAAUGAGAUUAUGGGCAACCCAGCUCCAUUUUCGUACACUCCAUCCAUGGGUUCAGGCUUCACCGAAGAAAUGACCUACAUGGAACGUCUGCAGAAUGUUGUUAUACAGCUAAUACAACUAUUACACAAUUAUUGGGUGCAUUUACCAAGACAACAGCAAAUAUUGGAGGAAUAUAUGCCACACAUAAAGGACCACGUACGCAAUUUACGCAGAAAUAUUUCCCUGUUUUUAUUGAAUCAACAUUUUUCACUUUCCUUUGCACGACCCAAUGUGCCGAAUAUGAUUGAAGUGGGAGGAUUUCAAAUACCCGCAGAACCCAAUCCCCUUCCAGAGGACAUUCGAUCAAUAAUAGACAACUCAACACAAGAUAUAAUUUAUUUUUCAAUGGGUUCAAAUGUGAAAAGUAAAGAUUUUCCACCAGAAACCUUGAAAAUAUUUAAUGAAGUUUUUGCCCAGUUACCCUAUACGGUAUUGUGGAAAUAUGAAAAUCCCCAGCUGCCGGGAAAACCAUCAAAUGUCUUCAUUAACCCCUGGUUCCCUCAGGCUGACAUUUUAGCUGAAGAGAAAGUGAAAUUAUUCAUUUCACAUGGGGGCCUCUUAUCCACAUUCGAAGCUGUUCAUCAUGGCAAACCAAUGUUGGGUAUUCCAAUAUUCUUCGAUCAAAAUCUUAAUGUUAACAAUGCCGAAAAACGUGGAUUUGCCUUAAAACUGGAUGUGAAGACGUUAACCCCAUCUCUGUUUCGGGAUAGUAUUUUGGAAAUGAUGCACAAUUCCAGUUAUAGACAAAAGGCCAAAGAAAUUUCACAGCGUUAUCAUGAUAAACCAAUGAAACCAUUAGAUUUGGCAAUUUACUGGACGGAAUAUAUUAUCCGGCAUCGUGGUGCACCACACUUGCGUAGUCCAGCUCAGAAAAUGAAUAUUCUACAAAGUCAUAGUUUAGAUACAGUUGGCGUCUUGUUGAUUGCAGCGUUAUUAAUUAUGUGCCUUAUAAAAUUAAUAUUCCAAUACAUUUCAAAAUCUUUAUUUAUAUCAUGUUAA